GCGUGAAUUUGCCUCAGCUCGUCUGCUGGGACCCGUGGGUAAAUUAAUUGUGAUUCACAACAACAACCAACGCGACACACCACACAACAAACCACGAUCUUGUCUCCCACACCGAGCAAGGGGUGCACAGGCAGACACGGAACACCGACACACAUUAGACGCCCACGCGGAUCACGCACUCGCUCGCUCGCACGCACGCACGCACGCCCUACGUUUACUACAGACGAACAGCUCGUACCAAAGGCUUCUUCAUGGGUGUACUGCUGUCGACGCUCUACUCCCUCUGGGGAAAAGAAGAGCAAAAGGUCAUCAUUGUUGGCUUGGACAACGCUGGCAAAACGACCAUCCUCUACCAGUAUUUGUUGAGUGAAGUUGUGGUGACCUCACCGACCAUUGGCAGCAAUGUUGAAGAGGUGACAUACAAAAACAUGCACUUUGUGAUGUGGGACAUUGGCGGGCAAGAUUCGCUGCGCGCGUCCUGGACCACCUACUACACCGGCGCAAAGGCGCUGAUCUUGGUGAUUGAUAGCACAGACAGGGAACGCCUGGCAUUGGCAAAGGAGGAACUGUACCGUAUGCUUGCGCAUGAGGAUUUGCAAGGAGCACACGUGCUCGUGUUCGCCAACAAGCAGGAUUUGAAGGGCGCCAUGUCAUCGGCGGAGAUUUCCAAGGAGUUCAACCUGACGUCCAUCAAGGACCACAGCUGGCACAUCCAGUCGUGUUGCGGACUCACCGGGGAAGGGCUCUAUGAAGGGUUGGAGUGGCUGACAUCAAAGACGAGCAAAGGCUAACAGCUGUCAGUCGUGCUAGCCUCGCCACCAAGUACUUGUUAGGGCCUCAUCUGUCAACGUUCAUGAUCAUGUUCUUUGCUCUUGUUCUUGUGAUUGCUCGUCUUCUUGUUCUUGUGAUUGCUCAUCUUAUCGUUCCUGUGACUGUUCUUCUUCUUGUUGUUCUUGUGUGUGUUCCUGUGCCUGCCUGCUUGCUUUGUGAUUGUUGUUCCGUGUCUGUGAACGUGUUCAGCGUGUGCGCAUUUUCCCUCGUGUACGGUGCGCCUGCACGCGUGCCAUUUUCUUUCGGGUGUUUUGUUAUUUCCAAGAGGGAGCGUGCACGCACAAUCCCCCAAUGCCCGCCACUGCCAACACCACCCACUUCUCCACCCCAGCAUGCCAGCAUGCCAGGGUCCCCCCCCCCCCUUCCUUCUUUUCCUCUUUUUCGCACUCCCCAUGCUCUUCUUGUUGCCUUCGCCUCUUUCACUCAAAAAAAAAUAAACCCGACCUCUGC